UGACAGCACCCUAAGAUUGUUGGUCUUUAAUAGUAUUUCGUUGGUAAAUCUGGUAACCCUGAGUUGGAGUGUUAACCGCCAUUUGAGUAUCUUUUAAUCGCCGGGACGAAGAAAAGUGAUUGAGGAAAAGUGUGUAAAGUACAAUUUCGUAAUUCCAAUUUUCAAUUUAAUUCUUCAAUAGAACCCUUACUACAUCUUAGUUGCUACUUAUUUUACGUUAUUAUCAUAAACAUGGCAGUGCAACCUAACCAACAGUUCAGCAUGGAUCCUCCUACACAACAAAGCUUUGUUAGAUUUUUCAAAAGUCUUCCAGAGAAACUUGAUACUACGAUUCGAUUCUUCAAUAGAUCAGACUAUUACACAGUACAUGGAAGUGAUGCUCUGUUUGCUGCACAAGAAGUGUUUAAAACAACAUCUGUCUGUAAAAUGAUUGGAGCUGAGCCAAAUAAAACAGAAGGAGUUAUUCUCAAUAAAAGCCAUUUUGAGACAUUUGUACGCGAUUUGUUAUUAGUAAAGCAAUAUAGAGUUGAAGUUUAUGUCAAUCAAGGCUCUUCUAAAAAUCAGAACUGGAUCUUGGAGUACAAAGGUUCACCCGGCAAUCUAUCUCAUUUCGAAGAUAUCUUGUUCAGUAAUAAUGAUAUAGCUGUGGGUGUAUCCGUAAUAGCUGUAAAACUGGGUACAGAAGGAAAGUCCAGAAUUGUCGGUUUAAGCUGUGUAGAUGUCGUUUCGACUCUAAUUUCAGUCGCUGAAUUUCAAGAUAACGAAUCAUUUUCAAAUCUAGAAUCACUUGUUGUAACUUUAGCUCCAAAAGAGUGUUUAUUGAUUCAGGGAGAAGGAAGUUAUGAAUUUCAAACUCUCAAACAACUAAUGGAAAGAAGUAACGUGAUGGUUAUUAAGAAAAAAAAUGAAUUUGCGAGUGAUUCGAUCAUAGAUGAUUUAAACACAUUAAUAAAAUUUAAAAAAGGACAAAAACAAAAUGCACAAUCAUUGCCCGAAGUUAAUUUAAAUUUAGCUAUGUCUGCUACAUCUGCACUAAUCAAAUAUUUAGAUUUAACAUCAGACGAAGGCCAUAUGAAUCAAUUUAAAUUGAAUCAAAUUGAGCAGUCACGAUACAUAAGACUAGAUUCUGCGGCAAUAAAAGCUCUUAACAUCGAGCCACAUACUGAUACAAUGUCAAAUUUAUAUGGAAAUUCUGUCACUAGUGUCUUAACAUUAUUAGAUAAGUGUAGAACCGCACAGGGACACCGAUUGAUCGCGCAAUGGGUUCGUCAGCCUCUUAGAGACUUAUCUCUAAUAAAAGAACGACAUGAUAUUGUUGAAUUAUUAGUAAGAAAUAAUGAAUUAAGAUCCAUUCUUAGUGAUGAUUAUCUGAGACGUAUGCCAGACUUGCAACAAUUGGCAAAAAAACUGGCUAGAAAAAAAUCGGCGUUGCAAGAUUGUUACAAAAUCUAUCUGUGUGUAUCGUAUUUGCCAAAACUAUUAGAACAACUUUCACCGGAAGAAAAUGUGACUGCCUUAAAAACAAUGAUAAUAGAUCCAUUAAAAGAACUUAUAGAAGAUAUGAACAAAUUUCAACAGCUAGUGGAGCAAACAAUUGAUUUAGAUGCUGCUGAGAAAGGAGAUUUUAUGGUCAAUCCAGGAUUUGCGGAUGAUUUUAAAACAUUAAAAGAUGCAAUGGAAGAAACGGAGGAAACUAUACAAGAUCAACUUAAUAAGGCAGCAAAUGAUCUUGGUUUAGAAGCAGGCAAAAUAAUAAAACUAGAAUCUAAUCAACAAUUCGGUUAUUACUUCCGUAUAACAUUAAAGGAAGAAAAAAUAUUAAGAAAUAAAAAGCAUUACACUAUUUUAGAUUCUAACAAAGCUGGUGUAAGAUUCCGAAAUAAUAAAUUAAAUGAAUUAAAUGAUGAUUUCAUAGCUGCUAGAAAUAAAUAUUUGGAGAGACAAAAAGAUGUUAUCACAGAAAUUAUAGGAAUUGCAGCUGGCUAUAAUGAUACAGUACGUUCUAUCGGUGGUGUGCUGGCAUGUCUUGAUGUUCUUACUGCAUUUGCUUCUGCAGCAGUAAGUGCUAAUAAAGUAUAUGUACGUCCCAAGAUGGUCCCAAGUGAAGAGGGUGAACUAAAUCUCAUUCAAGUUAGACAUCCAUGUUUGGAACUGCAACAAGGAGUAGAUUAUAUUGCCAAUGAUAUUAAUUUUAAAAGAGGUACGCGUUUUGCUAAAAGAAAACAAGCGGAACUUGAAAACUAUCAAGGCAUAAUUUUUGAAGGAUCUGAUAAUCCCCAAAAGAAACAGAAGAUUAUUCAGGAAGGUGAAGCUCUUAUUUCACAGUUUCUCACAAAUUGUAAAGCUUUGGAUCAAUCUUUAUCCGAUAUCGAUUUAGAAAAUCAGGUAUCAUCAUUGAAGAAGGAUAUUCUCUCCCAUAAGAAUGCUUACAUUGAAGCAUUAAUUACCAAUUCUUUUUAAAUCAAGAAUUGUAUAUUACUGUGAAUACAAGAAA